GGUUGUGUGCAGUUUGAUUUCCGUGCCAUUGGGAAGUGAAAGAGGGAGAACACGGAGAAUGUUUCAAGAAGAGAGAAAACAGCCACAAAGAGUGUAAGACAAACGUGAAUACGUUCUCAUCCAGCGGUGGAAGUUUUGGUGCUUCCUAACUUCCGUCGGAUUGCGAACUUUUCCUGUUCGCUCCCUGGGGCUUUUUUUUUUUUUUUCCUCCCCUCUGGUGAGUUUUUCCGAGGCGUCGGGAAGUAGUUUGAGUUGAAGCCGGUUUUCGGGUCUGUGGCCAUGGCCGGGGGAGGUGGUGGGCUGUGUCCUUUGGGGCCCACGGCGCCGAUGUGGUAUCACCGAGACCUGAGUCGAGCAGCGGCCGAGGAGCUGCUGGCUCGCGCUGGCACCGACGGCAGCUUCCUGGUGCGGGACAGCGAGAGUGUCAGCGGCGCGUACGCUCUCUGCGUCCUGUUUCAGAAGCAUGUGCACACAUAUAGAAUCCUCCCAGACGAAGAGAACUUUUUGGCUGUACAGACAUCUCAGGGCGUGCAGCCUAAGCGGUUUAAAACUUUACCAGAGUUGGUGUCGUUAUACCUCCAGCCCAGCCAAGGACUGGUCACCACCCUGCUGUACCCUGUGGAGAGAGAGGAAACCGCUGUCACUGAUGACAGGGACUAUUCUGAUGGAGAAGAUGAGAAGCCACCACUUCCACCACGCUCUGCCUCCACCUCAACUCCUCCUGGACCAGAGACACCCACAGACAGUGCUCCAGCAGCUAACGGCUUAAGCACCAUCUCACAUGAGUACCUGAAGGGCAGCUAUGCUCUGGACCUGGAAGCAGUCAAACAAGGUGCCUGCUCCCUGCCUCACCUCAACAAAACACUGGUGGCCUCCUGCAAACGCCUCAACGGGGAGGUGGAUAAGGUUCUGUCUGGUUUGGAAAUCCUGUCUAAAGUGUUUGACCAGCAGAGUGCCUUCAUGGUCUCCAAGAUGAUCCAGCAGACAGUGAAUCAGGGAGGAGAUCAGGAGUUGGAGAACCUUGUGACCAAGCUGGCAAUUCUCAAAGACUUGUUGUCCUCUAUUGAGAAGAAGGCUCUGAAGGCACUCCAGGACAUGAAUUUGCCCUCUUCAUGCUCGCCGCCUUGCCUCUUCACACGUCACAGUAAAUCUAUCCCUGUGCACGCCUUUGAGGUAAAGCUUGAUGUCUACUUGGCAGAGCUGACAAAGAUAGGAAAGAGUCAAAAGUACACUCUGUCUGUGGAUGUGGAGGGAGGAAGGAUGGUGGUGAUGAAGAAGGUGAAGGAUAGCCAGGAGGACUGGACCACAUUUACACAUGACAAAAUCCGUCAGCUGAUCAAAUCUCAGCGGAUACAGAAUAAACUGGGCAUUGUGUUUGAGAAGGAGAAGGACAAGAGCCAAAGGAAAGAUUUCAUUUUCACUAGUGCAAAGAAGCGGGAGGCGUUUUGUCAGCUGCUGCAGUUGAUGAAGAACAAACAUUCCAACCAGGAUGAGCCAGACAUGAUUUCAGUCUUCAUAGGCAGCUGGAACAUGGGAUCAGUGCCAGCGCCCAAGUCUGUGGCCUCAUGGGUAUUAUGCCGAGGCCUUGGGAAGACUCUGGACGAGAUGACUGUCGCCAUCCCCCAUGACCUGUAUGUGUUUGGGACCCAGGAAAACUCUGUGUGUGAUCGGGAGUGGGUAGAAUCUCUUCGUGGCAUGUUGAAAGAACACACAGAACUGGAUUAUAAACCGAUAGCAGUGCAGACUCUGUGGAACAUAAAGAUUGCUGUGCUGGUGAAAUCCGAACACGAGAAUCGGAUCAGCCAUGUGGGAAUGUCUAGCGUCAAGACGGGCAUUGCCAACACUCUGGGUAACAAAGGGGCAGUAGGUGUGUCCUUCAUGUUCAAUGGAACAUCUUUUGGUUUUGUCAACUGUCAUUUGACAUCAGGGAAUGAAAAGAUUUCCAGGAGGAAUCAGAACUAUCUGGACAUCUUGCGGUUGUUGUCACUAGGAGACAAACAGCUAAGCUCCUUUGACAUCUCACUGCGCUUCACACACCUCUUCUGGCUGGGAGACCUUAACUACAGGCUGGAUAUGGAUAUACAGGAGAUUUUGAACUACAUUAACAGGAAGGAGUUUGAGCCACUCUUAAAGGUUGACCAGCUCAACCUGGAGAGGGAAAAAAACAAAGUCUUUCUACGCUUCUCGGAGGAAGAAAUCUCUUUCCCACCCACUUACCGUUACGAACGAGGUUCAAGGGACACAUAUGUUUGGCAGAAGCAGAAGGCCACUGGGAUGCGUACUAAUGUUCCAUCUUGGUGCGAUAGGAUCCUGUGGAAGUCAUAUCCAGAAACGCACAUUGUCUGUAACUCCUAUGGCUGUACAGAUGAUAUUGUGACCAGUGACCAUUCCCCUAUUUUUGCUACGUUUGAGGUGGGGGUGACCUCCCAGUUUGUUUCCAAGAAAGGGCUGCCGAAGUCUUCGGAGCAGGCCUAUAUUGAAUUUGAGAGCAUCGAGGCCAUUGUGAAGACAGCGAGCAGAACCAAAUUCUUCAUAGAAUUCUACUCCACGUGUCUGGAAGAGUUUAAGAAGAGUUAUGAGAAUGACAGUCAGAGCAGUGACAAUGUCAACUUCCUACGGGUGGGCUGGUCCAGCAAACAGCUAACAACGCUCAAACCUCUGCUCUCUGAGAUCGAGUACCUGCAGGACCAGCACCUGCUGCUAACAGUCAAAUCAUUAGAUGGAUAUGAGUCUUACGGCGAGUGUGUUUUGGCUCUGAAGUCAAUGAUUGGCAGCACAGCACAGCAGUUCCACACUUAUCUGUCUCAUCGUGGCGAGGAGACGGGGAACAUCAGGGGGUCCAUGAGGGUCAGAGUUCCUUCUGAAAGGAUGGGAACCAGGGAGAGGCUCUACGAAUGGAUCAGUGUGGAUAAAGAUGAGGCCAGUGGACCAAAAGGGAAAUCGGCAGUUGUUUGCAGAGCUGGACAUGAAUAUGUCAAGCCAUCGGUUGCUCGUAAACCGCUAGCAGAGCUGGGAAAGCUCAGUGAGGAGGGCGAAAAGAGCAGCAAGGAGGAAAGUGCUGUGAGGUCCAAGCAGGAUUCCUCUGAUGGCGAGACAUCUGUUGGCAAGAACAGCUACAAUAAUCCUGCCUACUACAUCCUGGAGGGUGUUCCAAACCAAUCAGCAGCUGCCAUCUCACAUGAGCUCCUCCCAUCGCCUCCAUCUAUCAAUCCCCAGACAUCUAAAGCUCCUGCCUCCUCAGCGGGGCCACGAACUAAACUCCCAACUGUGGCAUCAGGACCUGCACACCCACGAAGGCACGCAGUCCGUGCCAUUAGUGAGGAGGGCUCCUCAGAGGAUGAUGGUGGCACUUGUGUGACAGGUGCACAGGGGGGAGGAGCGGGAAUAACAGUCGGAAGCACACUGAAUCGACCCCCUCCUGACUUUCCCCCACCACCUCUCCCUAAGGAAGCCCUGGAGAUGGUUGCCGAGGCCCCCUUCCCCAAACCCCGGCCCCUUUACCCAGAUAUGGCGGAGGUCAGGAUUCCAGCUGCCGCUCCCAGUACCUCAUUGGCCCUCGCUGAGGGUUUUAGGCAGGGGGGAGUUGGAGCAGGAGCAUUGGAUGACCAGUCGUGUUCCGUUCUCCAAAUGGCCAAGACAUUGAGCGAAAGCGAGUUUACCUCACAGCCACCCCGUGCACCAUCUGCGCCGCCCCCCCUAAGGAGCCAGGUGAUGGGUUUAGGUCUAGAUGCUUGCCGCACUUUCCCACCCAGAAAUACCAUCACAGAGAGUAUUGCAGAGGACCUCCCUGAGGAGGCGCUUUGGGGCAGCAGUAGCUCCUCUUUGUCUGUGGGGGAGUCCUCAGUGGGGGAGUGGCUGCAGAGACUGGGAUUGGAGAGGUAUGAGCAGGGUCUGUUACACAACGGCUGGGAUGACAUGGAGUUCCUGAGUGAUAUCACUGAGGAGGACCUGGAGGAGGCGGGAGUUCUUGACCCCGGCCACAAGCGGAUCCUGCUGGAGAGUCUGAGGCAACAGAAAUAGACUAUGCCAAAUGGGUCUCAUCCAGGCCAGAUUUCAAUGAGGAAGAACUGGAAUGUGUCAACUGACGCCAGACUGUGCCUUCUGAGACAAUGCACUCCAUUUUUACUUAAACACUUGUUGAACCAACGUCUUUUUUUCAGCUGUACUGUAUGUAUGUUGUAACUGUUGUAGAAGCAGCCUUAUUUAAUUUGCACCAUUUCACACUUGCAACAUAACCAUUGCUUUAAACCUAGUGAGAAGACACAGGAUGAGAAUUUUUUAAACAAUGAUAUAAUCCAUGUAUCAAAUGUUGCUGCAUCAUUUCUGAUCUGCAGUUUCUGACGAAUGUGACUGCGUUGCCCUCGGGGGGAUGCUAAAUUAAAUCUCCAGAGAAAAUGGUAACAUUUUUGCAAGAAGGGAACCUUAGAGCAGUUCAGGCUGUUCUGUUGGCACCCUCUCAAAGUCUCAGGUUUUUCCUUUCACAGACACAUUUGGGAAUCUGUGGGCACAGGAACCUGCUGGUCUCCACCACGGUGAUGAGCCGUUGCUGCUGAUGAUCUGACUGACUGAUGGAAAUCAGACUGAAAAGAGCUGAACCCGUAUUUUACAUACUCUUCAGAUGAUGUCUGGGUCACUGUGAUUGAAAUGUUUGCAAUGUGUUAUUUCAGUUUAUUUGCAUGUAUUUAUGUUUGUUUUUGUUUUUUAAUGAAAAAGGGAAUAUGGAGUGAACCAGCCAAACCAGUCCAUUUAGAAUGCCUAAAAUGCCUAGAUUUUUCCUUGGUACAACAUUUAAAAUGUUCUCUUCAUCUGAUGGACAAUAAUCUUUUACAUCAGCUGAUCCUGGAGUGUGUUUUUCUCUCUUUUUUUUAACACACAGACAUUUUGACUUUGUUACAUGUAGAUUACAUAAUUCUGUGUCCUCUUAACUUAUGUUUUAGAAAUAUAUAUUUUCUGUCAGUUUCCUAAAUCAAAUUUAACAGGUUAUACGUGCAGUGUACUGAUGCUGUGCACAGAUGAUGUACCUGCUGUAUUUAAGAAGGUAAUAAAUACUACACUAUGUGAAAUAUG